AUGACAAGCAGUCAAAACGGCCAAAACAACCAAAAUAGUCAGAACGGCGAUGGCCACCACGCACUUAACGAUACCCCACCGCGCAGCGCGACCUCGACGGCGCCGGGUAGUCCGCGAUUGCCACCAGUCCGACAAAAUUCAGGCUCGACGACUCCUCGAGUCAGACCACCAGCGACCACGCUUAACAUCCCUGGAAUGACCCGAUCUCGAGUGUCUCCUGACGGCAAGAUUUCGCAGCGAGAUGUAGGCGCAAAGCUUGUGGUAGUCAUGGUUGGACUCCCAGCUCGAGGAAAGUCAUACAUAACAAAGAAGAUUGCAAGGUACUUGGGCUGGCAGCAGCACGAGGCGCGCAUCUUCAAUGUUGGUAAUCGCAGACGAGUUGCUGCCGGAAGUGGUGGUACUUUGUCUCGUCCAAGUUCUCCCCCAACCUCACCCAGACCUUCUAACGUUGUCCGAACCACAUCACUUGCAGGUAUAAUCGACAAGCCAACACAGGCUGCUCACAUCCUCCUUAAUGGAGUUGAUCCAGUUGAACAACAGAAUGAGCUCGCAAAGCUUCCAAGUGCUGAUACUAUGGAGCAAUCUGCUACAUUCUUUGACCCUAAGAAUGAGGCAGCUUCUAAGAUCAGAGAGCAAGUUGCAUUGUCCACUUGUGAUGAGCUUCUUGACUUUCUCCUCAAUCAAGGCGGCUCUGUAGGUAUUUUGGACGCCACUAACAGCACAAUCGAGAGACGACAAAUUCUUUUUAAGCACAUCAAGGCUCGUGAGGAGAAGUUGGGUAUCUUGUUCAUUGAGAGUGUCUGUGAGGACGAGAAGCUUCUUGAGGCAAACAUGCACCUCAAGCUUCGAGGCCCGGACUACAAGGACAAGGACCCAGAAAGCUCUCUCGCUGAUUUCAAGAAGCGUGUCAAAGCAUAUGAAAGUGCUUAUGUUCCUCUUGGAGAAUUUGAGGAGAAGAACGGCAUGCAGUAUAUCAAGAUGAUCGAUGUCGGCAGAAAAGUCAUUCACUAUCGCCUUCAAGGAUUCCUUGCAACCGGAAUUGCUUCAUACCUCUCCACCUUCAAUCUCUCUCCAAGACAGAUCUGGAUCACUCGUCAUGGUCAAUCAUCGGACAACCUCAGUGGCAAGAUCGGCGGUGAUUCUGAACUCACAGAAGCUGGCCAACACUAUGCGACGACACUGUAUAAUUUCAUCUCUUCAAAACGGGCUGACUGGGAACACGAUCAGAAAAGGAGAGCACUCGAAGGUCAUCCAUUGCCUUUGAUGCCAGGUGACAAGACUCCACCGUAUCCCGAACUGCUUGGUGAUCUUGAUGAGAAGAAUUUCUGUGUCUGGACUUCUCUCCUGAAGCGCAGCGUCCAAACAGCUGAAGAGUUCCAAAAUGAUGAUGACUACGAUGUCAAGAACUGGGAGAUGCUAAAGGAACUGGAUGCUGGCGACUUUGAAGGUCUCACAUAUGCAGAGAUCGAAUCCAAGUUCCCUGCUGAAUACGCAAAACGUAAGGCAGAUAAGCUCAGCUACAUCUAUCCUGGUGUCGGUGGCGAGGGAUAUCUGCAAGUUAUCAGCCGCUUGCGUGAUAUGGUUCGUGAGCUUGAACGGAUCAAGGACCACGUCCUCAUCAUUGCUCAUCGUUCUGUUUGCCGUGUUCUCAUGGCUUACUUCAUGGACCUGACGCGUGACGAUAUCGCAGACCUUGAUGUUCCUCUGGGUAUGCUAUACACCAUCGAACCAAAGCCAUAUGGUAUCGAGUUCCACGCCUACCGCUACAAUGAAGGCCGCAACGAUGUGUGGACUUUCGAAGAAGUGAAGGAUUACAAGCCUACCAGAGCUACUUCACACACCGCUUAA